AUGGCAACUGGACACUCGGCCUUGAGGUCUCUUGCCGACCUCGACCUUCCCCGUAGCAAAAUCCCACAACGAAACAUGUUCCGUUUAGCGACUCGCGCGGUCCGUCCCAUUGCCCGAUACCCUCUGGCGCGUGCCUAUGCAACCGAAGCGUCCGGCGCUGGCAAGCUCCGCUUGAGCUUUACCCUCCCUCAUCAGACCCUCCUCAGCGACGUUGAAGUCACUCAAGUAAACUUGUCCUCAUCUGAGGGCGACAUGGGUAUCCUCGGGGAACACGUACCCACGGUUGCUCAGCUGAAACCUGGAGUAAUUGAAAUCUUCUCCGCUACGGACAAGCCCAAGAAGUUCUUUGCAAGCGGAGGCUUUGCCAUUAUCAACCCUGAUUCCACCCUCAACAUCAACGCUUUGGAGGCCUUCCCUAUUGAGGAACUUGAUGUCGACGCUGCCCGCCGCGCUCUCGAUGACGCUACUCGCCGCUCAACCUCGGCUGCCACCGAAGCAGAACGAGUCGCCGCCAAAAUUGAACUUGAGGUGUAUGAGGCUGUGGUUACCGCUGCCGGGAAGCAAUAAAUUAAUGUAUCUACGGACUCACGAAAAAUCGUAAUAGUUGCAACGUCAUUUGUAUUUUUUUGAGUUUCAACCAUCAUUGGAAAAACACCUCUGCUGCA